UCCUCCUGGUGAACUUGUUGCUGUCUGAGUGUUUGUUCCUUGCAAGCUUUUUCGUGCAGCCUGACAGACUUGUUUAGACUAAUCGUUGUGGAAAACAGACCAAGAUAAAUUCAUCCAGAGUACCUUUCAGUUCAGUUCAUUUUUGAGUCGCGAGAGAGAGGCAUUCACCUGGAAGCGACAAUCCCAAAUGAAAGUUCCCACGUUAGCGUGCGCGCUUUUUUACGAAGCAAGAGUUUCAAUGGCAUUUUGACACCUGAAAGCGGAAGGAGUGGUACGGGGGAAAAAAAGUUGGAACGCGUUGCUGGAUGAAGAUAAGGGGCUGCCAUGGAAGGCUCUGAAGUCCCUUUGUGGAAGCGUUCAACUGGGAUGCAAAGUGCACCUGAGCCGCAACGUUCGAUACCAUGAGAAGACAACCAAAGAGCACGUGACUGCUACCCUUAGUGUCCAUCAUCAUGUCUUACUCGUCUGCAAGGAAGCUGACAUUCUAUGAGGCUCUGACCUUUGUCCUGCUGCUAGUCACACCCGCCUGCGUGUCCUCCCUGCACAGUGUUUCCUGGGUUUCUGCAAGGGAUCCCUACAGUGAAAGCACGUCAGGCCGUUCCACUCGAACCCGACGCCAGCUUUACUUUCGAAAUGAAUGGGCAAGUUGGAGCGGCUGGUCAGUAUGUUCAAGAAGUUGCGGUGCCGGUGCCUCUGUGCGCACACGAACCUGUAUCACUAGAAACCCAGUGGGCGGCCCAUGUGGAGGUGAUCCCAGACAAUACAAGAUCUGCAACACCAAAGAGUGCCCUCCUGGCUCUGAAGAUUUUCGAGAGAUGCAGUGUGUGGCUUUCAAUGGCAGACAGCUGGUAACGGGAAAUGCCUUCAAAUGGACUACCUUCCAUGGAGGUUCCAACCCCUGUGAGCUCAACUGCCUGGCCUUGGGUCAUAACUUCUACUACAACUUUGGCCGUGUGCUUGAUGGCACAGCCUGUGACAAAGUACCUGGGGCUGUGUGCGUCAACGGGCGCUGUCUGAAGCCUGGUUGUGAUUCCAUCUUGGGUUCAAAGGAGCAAGAGGAUGCCUGCAUGGUCUGUGGAGGGAAAAACACCACCUGCCUUCAUCACAGGAGUGUUUACCAGAGCAACGGCCUGGAGGCAGAAGGACCUUUUGGAUACAACGAAGUGGCAAGGAUACCAGCUGGAGCCACUCACAUCCGAGUUACGGAUAACAGCAGGAAUUAUCUCGCACUCCAGAAUGGCCGCUCACAGUUCGUGAUUAAUGGUAACUGGAAGAUCAGUGUCCCGGGCGAGUACAAUAUAGCUGGGACCAAACUUUUAUACCGGCGGUCAGCUGAUACCUGGGAGAGCUUUGAGGUCCCGGGGCCAACCCAGGAAGACUUGCAUCUAAUGGUUCUGGCCACAGGCAGAAACCCAGGGAUUGAGUAUGAGUACUGGUUACCACCUGACCAGUACGACCUUCAUCAUGGGAGAAGUCCACUGCGUCAAGCUCACCACAGUUCCAACUACCUCCCCUGGCAGCAGGCAACCAGCGCAACCACAACCACCACGACCACCACAACACGACCUCCCACAGUGAGCACCCGUUCCCACUGGUUCGUAAAGCCGCAGAAGCCCGCACUGCACCCUCCCCGCCAUCCCGUUUUGCCUCGCCUGGAACGCGAGGAGAACCAUAGAAACCUGCUCCCUCAACCCUCGCCAGGAAGGCAUUGUGGGAAAUGUCGCAGAGUCAAAGGUCGAAGAGAACGCCAGAGGCAGUAUUGCCGAAAGGAUUUUAUUUUUCGAGCCAGAGUCUUAGGGAAGCUGUACAGAGGAGAGGAGACACGUUACGAUGUCCAGAUCCUUCACACUUACCGGAACGGCUUCCGGCUGGAGCACCGUGAGUUCCUUUGGGUCCCGAAUGUAUGUGACUGCCCCAACCUGGAGCGGGGCAAGCAGUACAUACUAAUGGUGCGCCGACACAUUAACUACGAGCAGACCCUAAAUCGCAUUCUACUAGAAGAGGACAGCUACGUGGUACCAUACAGACCGAGAGAGGAUGAGCUAGUGCGGGAACUCCAGAGACUGUGCGACAACAGAGGACAUAAACAUCACGUGGCGUGACCUGACUGAAACACGGAAUGCGACUUAACUUUGGCUUUUUUUGACGUUCCAAGCAUUCAUCCAUCCAAGGAAUGAAGGAAUGAAUACCAGAGCAUCGUCACUGGAGAGAAAUGACAGCCAGUUCAAAAUCUCCACACUAAGAAACCAAAGAGUUAUUUAAAAGCCUGCAUUGCUUACUGUUCUACAGAGCACUUUAGGUGGACAGCUCAAACCACCUGUAAACACAAACCAAAGAUCAUUUACUGAAAAAUGUGCGUGUCAUUUGUUUUGAAGUCUAGUUAAGUUUAUACACAAUAAAAUACUGUAAGUCAAUUUUAAGGCAAAAUCCACCUCUUAACACUUAACAUUAAGGGUAUCAUUAUAAAUUGAUGACUAGGUUAAUAACGACACAACUAUAAGCCUUUGUAAGCAUGGAUAUAUGAUUUAUAUAUCUAUUUAAAAAUAAACAUCAGAAAUUUUUCAGUAGUUUAAGCUUUUAUCCUACUUUGUUGUCUAAUGUCUAUUUUAUACCCUUUGCUUAUUAUGAGCAGCUGCCAGUAUUUUAAUGUGAAAUAAAUAUAAUUUACUCACUAAUGUGUUAUGACUUGGACAAGUGUAUUUGAUUUUUUAAUAUGUCAAGAGCUUAAUAUACACAAUAAUAUAUAAUCAAUCUGAUGUUUGGUGUCUCAAGUACAGUGCAGCUAUAUAGUAAAUGUUCAUCUAAACUUGACAUAUUUAUAUGAACUGCAAUUACAGAAACCAAGUAAAGUAUGUUGCAACAGAUAUCGGCGUGUUAAACAGACUACUCCAUUUAUGACAUUCAAGCAGAACCAAUUCGACAAGGUGGGUAGAGUAGCCAAAAUUUUUCUUCAAGUAAGAGUAGCGUUACCUCUAAUUAAUAUUACAAGGGUAAAAGUUGUUAUCCAAAAAUUUACUUAAGCACAAGUAAAAAAGUAUUCGUUAAAUAAAAAUACUCAAUGAGUAACAUUGUGAGUAAGUGCUUACAAUGUUGUUUUUUGUUGUUGUCUUUUUUAAAUAAUGGCAUAUUUUUUCUCAGGACAACUUCAUGUAUAUGAACUGUUAUUACUAUGCUGUAUUAUAGCAAGCCUAUUACAUGACCGUAUUAUGCCAGAAAGAUGACACACAAAAAUCAUCAUAUUCAGGGCAGAACCCCAUGACCCGUUACUGGUCCAAAGUGCAUGAUUGCAUUCUAGUGGAGAAAAAACAUUGUUACCGCUGAAUGAUAUGUCUUGUGUUUAUUGUAGCGACCUCUACUCGGUUAAACUGGUAGAGCUACUGUCGGCAUCUCUGGCAAAAAUAAAGUCAAUAUGCAAAGGUGAGUAGUAACACGUUACAUUUAUAUUUACUUUUUGAGAAAAAUUUACUUCUAAGAGUAGUUAUACAAAGCCAUAUUUUUUACUUGAGUAGAUUUGUGGAAAAAAAAAAACAACAACAACAACGCUACUCUUACUCUGCUACUUUGGGCUACACAAGAGUUGUUACAUUUUCUUCUUUAUUCCACAUAUUGUAUAUAUAUAUUUAUCUGCCAGUGAUGCCAAGAGUAGCGCUUCUAAUUUCACCAAUGAGAAAUGGCAACAAUAAUCACUAGAGUGUAUUAUACCAAUCAGACGCAAGCUUAUCGUUCUAUGAUCACGCCAGCCUGUUCAAUCACGUAGCGUCUUUAAAGCGCCGUAAAAUAUGAAGUAUUUGACAUAGAGCGCUGCCCUCAACAUGAAUCAAAAGCACGGAUUUAAACCUCUCUCCCAGUUUCUAUUUGGCACCAAUUGACCACGGAAAGCCGGAGAUAUGAUAUUUUUAGUUUCACAGUAGUAACUAUUAAGGAACUAUUCACUAUUCAAACAAGGAACAAGUUUCUCCACUUGAGGGCAAGGGUGGUCUUUGGACGAAUAAUGCUUUAUUUCCGUCUUUUUUUUUCUCUCUCGCCGGAAUUCAAUGAUUUUUUUUUUUUUUCUCCUUGGCUUAAUGUGGUUAUGUAAUGGGAUAUUGUACAGUAUCAUCAUCAUAACAACAGUUACAAGUUUGUGCUGAGAGAAAAAUUGUUUAAAAAAAAAAAAAUCACACAAAAAUAUGCAGUAAUGAGUAUUCUUUUCACUGGAUACUUUUUGACUUGUACUUGAGUAAAUUUUUUGGAUUACUACUUUUACUUUGACUUGUGUAAUAUUAUUUUGAUGGAAUGCCACUCUUACAUGGGAAAAAAAGUUUCUCAAGUAAAUGAAACGGAGUAAAUUACUACCCACCUCUGAAGAAAUGUACAUUUGCAGCUAUGAUUACAACAUGACAAUUGGAGGUUUGUGAGGUGGAUUUUUCUUUGAAACGUUGCACAAUAUUUUGUGACAUCGUUCCAUAAUGCCUGUAUUUAUCUAUGGUUAUAAGCAUCAACCAAAAUACGCUUUGUGGUGCCUUGUGUGCAGUUCAUCAGUGUCAUGGCUGUUCGCCUGCUAUGUGGUAAAUUAAAUUGGUGUUAUUAUGCCAAAAAAUUUGCUGUAUUUUAUUGUGUGGCAGUGACAUGCAGCACAUGCUUCAAAAGACCAAUAUUGUAUAUGUAUCAGUGAACUACACUUACAAUUUUAAAAUGAACUGUAUGCUCCAUGCAUUUCAAAUAGCUUGUUUUUUUCAGUCUCAUAUUUAUGUGCCAAAACAAUGCAUACAGUAUUUUAAAUUUAAGUGUAUUUCAAAUAGCCUAAGAGUGAUACUGAUGCUCAAGCAGAUUGAAUGGGAAUCCAAUAUUGUUGGUCAUUUGUGAGCUUUUAGACUGUAUGCCACAUUAUUUAAAACAAUUUUUACAUGACCUGCUUCAUUUCAAUCCUUAACUGAUUUAAAAACCUGCUUUAAAACGAACACACAAAAUUAAACAUUGUAGUCAAUCGUUUUGUGUCCCCUCACAUCAUUG